GGCUAGCUCACAGAUUGAACCUUGAACAACCUCUGGGCUGAUCUAAGUCAGGGCACGGAAAACUCAUGAUCACAUAUCGAACUGGAAUUUAACAUGUUAGGUUUUAUCGAAGGAAAUUACCCAAAAUAAAUCAUUCUAUCUUUCCGAUGUCAAAAACACGACGUAUCUAUGAAUUUACAAAUCCGUAAAAUCCUGAUUCCAUUCCAUUCCAAUCCAUCAUUCUCCAAGCAGACAACCGCGUAGUCCUGGUUCUAAAGAGACAAACAUGGCGGACAAGAAGCAGCCAGCURAGAGAGAGCAGAGAGUUUUACGCGUGAACCAGCUGGACGCAACGCUGUUAGAUGGAGAAAUAGUUAGUGUUUUGAGAAGUCAGCUGACAAAGGCUUUCAAGUUCUUCCAUGCUGGAAUGCUGUCGAAGAUAGAACCUGAACUGAAUGCUGUUCUGAGAACUGUGAUUUGGAAGUUUUCUGUUUAUAACAAGGGAUCCACUGUUGGACAACAAAUGCUUAAUAUGAAAUACAAUGAACCCAUGAGUUCUGCACAGAAGAUUGUAUUUGGUCUUGCAAUGAUUGGAGGAAAAUAUCUUCAGGAUAGAAGUACUGAAAUAAAGAAUAUGACAAGGAAAUAUGGAGACUUAAAAGCAUUCUGGAAGUUCAUUCAAGUUUUAGAAAAGAUUGUACAAGUUGCUUCAUUGGUGAAUUUCUUGAUUUUCCUUCAGAAAGGAAGAUUUCAGUCUCUUUUGGAAAGGUUUCUUGGAAUUCACCAUGUUUUUGAGAAAMGACAAUCAGUGAGACAGGUCAGCUUUGAGUUUAUGACACGGGAGCUUCUUUGGCAUGGCUUCGCAGAAUUUCUUUUCUUUUUGCUGCCAUUGAUCAACAUACGUAAAAUCAAGAAUCUCAUAGUACGGCAGUUCACCUGGCCAAGUUUGGGUACCAGACCUGGGGUGACUGUAGCUUACCAUGAAUGUGGUAUUUGUGGGGAGUCGCCUACAGCACCACAUCAGGGCGCAUGUGACCAUGUAUUCUGUUACUACUGUAUUAAGGGUAACAGCUUAGCAGAUUCAUCAUUYCCGUGUCCACUGUGUGGGAYGUCUGUUGGUGAGGAUAUCCAGCCRGUGGAAUGUACUGUAGCACUCCAAGUGAAAUGAUCAUACUAAUCAUAUGAUACAUUCUGCAAAAACCACAAGAGGUGAGAAUCGUGGACUGCAAAUUAUUAUUUGUGGAGGAGUAAGAGUAAUUUUUUUUACAAGGAACUGAAAUGACAGAAAAUGAAGUCCCACUUUCUGCAUAAACCAUGAGAGGCAUCAGAAAUAUGUGGAAUGCAAAGUAGAAUGUGUGGAAUUGACAGUUAUACAACACUUUUUUGAGAUGCACUAAAAUGGCAGAAAUCAAGUCCCACUUUCUGCAUAAACCACAAAAGGUAUCAGAGUAUUGUGGACUGAAAAGUAGCAUGUGUAGAGGUGAGAGUCCUACAACGCUUUUUACGAUAAAAGAAAGGACUUGAGAAAGCACUAAAAUGGCAGAAAUCAAGUUCUACUUUCUGCAUUAAAAAAAGUAUCAGAGUAUUGUGGACUGAAAAGUAGCAUGUGUGGAGGUGUCAGUUGUACAACGCUUUUUACAAGAAGAGAAAGGACUUGAGAUGCACUGAAAUGGCAGAAAUGAAAUGCCAGUUUUGCAUAAACCACGAGAGAUAUCAGAAAAUUGUGGACUGCAAAGUAGCAUAUUUGGAAGUGACAGUUUUACAAUACUUUUUACAAGAAAAGAAAGGACUUGAGAUGCACUACAAUGGCAGAAAACAAACGCCACUUUCUGCAAAAGGACAGAAGAAGAAGGACAGGGAUAGUCUGUGGCAAAUGGCAAUACAAGUGAUAAAAGCUUACAGCUCUUUUCACAAGAAAAGGAGGGAUUUAGAUCUUCUAACCUUACAGAAGUUYCACUUGCAUCAUGAAACUCGACAGUAUGAUGCUUGGUGUAUAGUUUGCAUGAGACUACAUUGAACUGAAUGUUAGGCAGUUGAUGAGUUUAUAGAAUGGAGGAAGGAAAGAAAGAUCUAUUAGAACAUUGCGAUGAAAAGCAAGCCUGUUAAAAACAUCAUUUGUUAUAUGAAGAUAUUGAGACGGACUGCAUGAAUCCCUGACUUAGAUGGUUUCAUACCAAGUCACAGGUAAUUCAGUAAGACAUAAGRGGGUCCUGAAGGGAGGGGUUAAAUGGGAGCUUGGAUUGGCAUUUUUGGGCUGGGAAAAUGGGAUUUUAUGCACUGGGAAUGGGAUUCACAAAAAAACAAAAAAACAAGAAAAAAAUCAAAAAUCAAAUYGMGAUUUGAGGUAGGCUAAGACUAUGGGGUUUGGGCAAAUGGGAGCUGAGAAAUGGGAUUGUGUGGAACUUAAUGGAUGAGAUUAAAAAGAGCCCUGAUCAGAAGGAA